GGAGGCGCCCCCGGGCCACGUCGCGGCGCCCCGUCCGAGAAGUAUGCGCGUGGCGAGAUGGUGUGCACGCUGAGCAAGGAGAGGAGCCUGAGCCGCGCGGAGUCAAGUAGCCUGGCGGAUGCGGGCGCGCUCGAGCGCCUGGCCGUCCUCGACAUGUCCUCGGCCUCCUCGCUCGCCGCCGAGCAGCGGGCCCAAGCGCAGCAGCAGUCGCCCCCGGCGCACCAGCAGCUACUGGGGCCGCGGGCCCGCCGGCCUGGGAGCCCGAGCCCCAGCCGCCAGCCUGAGCAUCCUCAGCCGGACGAGCGGAGCUCCUCCGUGGGUUCCUCCAUGGGCUCGUGCUCCCCGCCCCCGCAGCUGCCCGCGCAGAGCCACUCGCCGCCCGUGGCGCGGCCGCCCUGGCUCCACGACUUUGCCUCGCCCCACGUGCUUCAGUUCCUCAACCUGAACGCGGCCGCGGGCUCGAUGCUCGCCGCGAGCCAGCCCCUCGCCGCGCUUCACUCGAUGGCCGAACGCAGUCAUCAUCAUCAGCAGCAACAGCAUCAGCAGCAGCAGCAGCAGCAACAGCAACAGCAACAGCAACAGCAACAGCAACACCAACACCAACACCAACAGCACCAGCACCAACAGCAGCAUCAUCAUAUUCAGCAGCAGCAACAGCAGCCGCAUCAGCAGACACUGCAAGGCCAGAACUCACCGACGGGUAGCGGCAAGCAUAGUCCGGCUACCUCAAUCACCUCCGUCGGCAGCAAUCCCCACGGCAUCGACACGAUUUUAUCGAGGCCCGCGGCGACGCAGCCGAGCUCGGGCCCCGGUCUCGGACAGUCCCAGCACGCGAUGCCCGCUAGCCCCCACGGACAGCACUUGCCGCCGGCCCCGAGAUACGCUAUGCACGCAGGAUUCGCCGCCUCCACGGGAAUCGGGCAGUUCCAGCAGCGCACCGAGCCCCGACAUCCGGCGGUUUACUGGCCGGGACUCCAAGGACUAGUCAGUGACCCGCUUGCCUGGAGGGCACGUCUGCACUCUCUGUCGCAACAGCUGGGCUGCCAGCAGCAGGCGAUGAGCGGCGGCGGGAGCGGUUCCGGAGGCCAGCACGAGCCAGGGAAGAAGAAGCACACGAGGCCGACCUUUAGCGGCCAGCAGAUAUUCGCUCUGGAAAAGACCUUCGAGCAGACCAAGUACCUCGCGGGUCCGGAGCGAGCCAAGCUCGCUUACGCCCUCGGCAUGUCCGAGUCCCAAGUCAAGGUCUGGUUCCAGAACCGACGGACCAAGUGGCGCAAGAAGCACGCAGCGGAGAUGGCGACGGCGAAGCGCCGCCAGGAGGAAGUCGAAGGUGUCGUUGCCGAGGCCGAGGACGGCUGUAGCGACGGUGAGACCUCCGAGGCUGGAAGCGCGACCGGGAGUAGCGGCGCUGGAGGCGGCGGGGCCACAGAGACGGCGGCCAACCGGCUGAGGCGCGAACUCGAGCAGCAGUAUGGGCCCUGAGCGCGAGGACGCCGAGGCGUGGCCGGGCCGGGGCUGCGCGUGGGGGCGGCGCCACGGCCGCCCCCGCCACCCUAUUGCCCCCACGGCCACCGUCGAGAACGUAAAAAGCCGCGGACGCCGAGCGAUCGGUCCGCUCUUGUACAUACUUUGUAGAUAUGGCGCGCGCACUUUCUCAUCCCUCUCAUCCAUCUCUCUCC